AUAACAUGCAGUUUGACACUUCUGAUGUCAUUUUAUACGUUUUAGCGUUUUUUUUGCCACCAUUUCCAAUAUUGAUCAGAGUCGGGUUUUGCACAAAUCAGUUUUUGUUGAAUGUGUUGUUGACAUUGUUAUUUGGUUUACCAGGAACUUUACAUGCUUUAUACAUUAUCUAUAUCACUAGUCCUAUCACUGGAUCUCCAGAUAGAAGAGUGAUUAAUGGUGAUUACGAGAGAGUAAUUGAAAAUGAUGGCACCACCCCUAAUAAUGAUAAUUAUCCACAAGCUGUUUUUGAUCAACAGGCUGAUAAUGCUCAACAGAUUCCAUCCUCUUCAUCAAUACACCAACCAGUAAAUGCUCCUCCUCCACCAUACGAAGACUCAAAAGAUUUCAAUAAGGAUUCUACUGAUAAUAAGGUUCAAAAGUUUUAGGUACAUUAAUGAGACAACAUAUAACAAAGACGAAGAAACAGGGGAACAGGAGUCUUCAGGGGAAUCCAAAUGGGAAUUAUAUAGGGAAUAAUGAGAACAAUAAAGAGUUAUGAAAGAAAUAUACGAUAUUAGCGAC